CCCGGAGUCUCUCCAGUUGAACCCCGGUGGCUUAUGUGAGGCAGACAUCAGCCCAGCGUCAAUCAGCAUAGGCCAUAGCAUGCACUUACAUAUCCUUACUUAAAACCACAAAUGUCUCAAUUCUCGGCGCUUUUCAUAGACAUGUAACAUGCUACUCAGUCUAGGCAGUUGAUGAUAACGACAAACUGCACUAUUCUUAGACAGCGAGACAGACAUUUUGAUCUAGGCUUGUAAAAACGAUAACGACAACUCACCUACAUAAGAUCUCGAGUACAUAAAGCGCCUAUCCACCAUCAUGAGAAUCCUCGCGCUCCACGGCCAAGGCACAAGCGCCUACAUUUUCAAAGCCCAGACCGUCGCCUUCCGCUCCAAACUCCCCCCCUCCUUCACCUUCGACUUCGUCGAUGCCCCCUUCCACUGCGCGCCCGCCCCCGGUAUCCGCGUGCUGUUCGAGUCCGGGCAUUACACAUGGUGGCCCAAACCCACCGCCAACGCCAUCCAGGGCGCGCAUCAGUGGCUAGUCGACUACAUCGACCAACACGGUCCCUUUGACGCCGUCAUGGGCUUCUCACAAGGCUGUUCUCUAAUCGGCACUUUCCUACUCUACCACGCCCUGGAAACGCCCGACGAACCCCUCCCCUUCAAAGCCGCCAUCCUGAUCUGCGGGGGGUUACCUUUGGGCUUCCUCGAAGACGGGCUUGGUUUACCAGUCUCUCCACGAGCGCACGAAAUCCACGAGCAGACGGUUGCGCUGCUCAAAGAAAAAGCCGGCAGGCUGACCGAGCUCGCCAAGGAGCGCGACAAGAUCAAGAUGGGCAUGUCGCUGUGGGAUGACACGGCCGUGUUGCUGCAUGACCCGGAUUGUUUGCCCGAGGAGAGAGGGAGUGAUGUGUUUGGGCUGGAUUUCAAAGCCAUGCCCCCGCAAGCGCGCAUCAAGAUCCCCACGGUGCAUGUCUAUGGUGCAAAGGACCCCAGGUGGCCGGCGAGUAUCCAGCUGGCGUAUUUCUGUGACAAGGACAAGCGCAAGAUGUACGACCACGGCGGCGGGCAUGAUAUACCCCGGUCGACCGAGGUGUCAAACAGGUUGGCUGAGUUGAUG